GACGUAGGCAAUGUUUAUAAAUUUACAUCCAACUUAGCUUUGUGUCCUGACUCUACCCCAGUGAUGCAUCAAGCUUUACUUGUUCCCGAAGUCCUCCUGGAGAUAUUCGCCUAUCUGAACACAAUACCGUCUAAAACAACAUCGACCCUGAAAUUGUUUGCAGCGCUUGCAAGGACAUGCAAAAUCUUCUACGAGCCUGCGAUGGAUGUGCUGUGGACUGAAAUCCAUGGGUUAGAACCACUGCUAGGCUGUGUAACAAGGUUACAUCCACUGAUAGAUCGUAGGGGUACAAUGUGGGACUGUGACCAGUCCUGGGCAAAAGGUGUUGAGCCAUUAUCUGCCCGCGAGGUCCAUCAAUUUCUGCGUCACUCCUUCCGUGUACGCGCAUUGAACAUACAAUCUUAUCAUCCGCACCUUCUCUCUGUCAUCCCCGCCGAGGCAUACGUAUUUCCGAGGCUGAAGUCAUUAAGUCUUUCCAUCACAUAUUUGAACCUCUUUCUGCCUCGCAUGCUGCACCGAUGUCAUCUAUCGAGCGUUGAUGAGGGUUUGCAAUCUUUUGUGACACGUUGCAUUGCUUUGGAGCAUUUAUGCAUCCACCGUACUCCCGGAAUACACGAUAUUGGCAACACAGCAAAUGAGCUGUCCCUACUAUCCGAUAGGAUUCGUUGGUGCACGCGGCUUGUAACUCUCUAUUGUCCGAUGCUCGACUGGGAAACAUGGAAGCAUCUUUCCCACCUCCCUACCCUUCUCAAAUUGGAAAUUGAUCGAGGGCCCGAGUACGAGGACCCUCCUUCGCUGUCAAACCGAGAUCUUGUGAAUUUAUCAUUCCUGAACAUCACGAGCCUUUCCUUUCUACAGCUGUACAAUUCUGCAAACAUCAUCAUCGUCAUGCAACACUCGCAAUUUCCCUCGCUGAAAAACUUCAAGUUUCAAGCCUUCUAUCUGUCUUUGGAAGAGGCCGAGCAACUCUUGCAUGCUCUGUCCCACUGCAAGGCGUGUCGGACUCUAGAAGAAAUCAUCAUCUGUUGUCUUGAAGUCAGACGCGAACUUGAAUACCCCGAGUUUUUGACACCAACUCCGCAUCUCCUUUGCUUUACACAGCUCCGAACCCUGCAGCUCAUGUUUACUGAUUUCUACAUCUACCUAGACAAUGACCUGCUCUUGCAAGCUAUGUCUAUUUGGCCGCACAUCCGCACUCUAAAAAUCAACUACUCAGACGCCAGUAUGUCUUCUUCCGGCUCGGAGGUCACCCUCCAUGGAUUAUUCACAGCGCUCAGUCUAUGUCCACAUUUGCAUACACUACAAGUUCCAAUCAAUACUGCAAUUAUCGACGUUGAUCCUGAUGCCGAGCCAAUGCAACAUAUUUCCCUACGAUCAUUGGAAUUGGAGACAUCAGAUCCUGAAAUAGCAGAUGCAGAUGCAGAAACUCUCGCUGGCAUCAUUUCCGCCUGGCUCCCUUGUAUCGACCGAGUUCGAAACAUGGGUAGGAGUUGGCAUGAAGUCAACGUGCAUCUUAUAUCUUUGAGAGCGGCUACUGCACCGUAUGACGUGGAAGCCUCCUAGAAUAAUUGAGUUUGGAAUAUCUUCACGUCCGGGAAUGAUGUUACAUACUUCAAGUUCUUUCGUUCAUUCAUUGUCGUUGUCGUCGCUGUUGACUGUAGUUGUAAACUGCUGUACUAGUUAA